AGGUUGUGAGACGAGACAAAGCCAAAGAUGAUCGACUUCUACUACUUGAACCCGAGCCCCUUCUCCCGGAGCGUGAUGCUCACGGCCAAAGCCGUCGGCGUGGAGCUUAACCUCAAGGUGACCAACUUCAUGAAGGGGGAAACGAAAACACCGGAGUAUCUCAAGAUGAAUCCCCAGCACACGAUUCCGACGAUCGACGACGAUGGAUUCUAUCUCUACGAAAGUCGUGCCAUCCAGCGCUAUCUGGCGAAUAAGUACGGGAAGGACGACUCCUUCUAUCCGAAGGAUCCGAAAGCGAGAGCGGUGGUGGAUCAACGGCUGGACUUUGACCUGGGGACCCUCAGCAAUUGGUUCAUUCAGUACAUCUUGCCGAUACCGAUGGGGAAGACGAACGCGAUACCCGAAGAUGCGAAGCCGAAGUUGGCCGAAAUCGUCCAGUUUCUCGAUGGAUUCAUCGAGAAGUCGGGUGGAUUCGUGGCGGGAGAUAGGAUCACGAUCGCUGAUCAUGCCAUCGUCGCCAUGAUCUCCUCCCUCGAGGCCGCAGAGCUGAUGGAUCUGUCGCCAUACGAGAACGUGACGGCCUGGUUGUCCAAAUGCAAGGCCGAGAUGGAGGGAUACGACGAGGCGUGCGGGCAAGGAGCGGCCCAAUUCGGAGCCAUGCUCAAGAGCAAAUUGGCCCAAUGAAUGCACACGGGGGUUGCCUUUCUCUUCGCAUCGCACUUGGCUCUUUCUGGGGAUCGAUUCUUUCUUCCAGGGUCUUUGAAAAUUUCUUAUACGGUGAGGGUCUAAAUAGCGCCUUGUUCUUGCUCGUGAUUUCAGGUCUUCCAUUCUGAUUUCUGUCCGUGUCACUAAAUUCGUCUCCUGUGGGACUGGUGCAGAGGUUUAUUUUUUUAUUCCGAACCUUCCCCUGUUCAUCGGACCAUUAAACCGAUCGCAACGCAAGUAUAGGGCAUCGAUAAGAUACUUAGAGCAUCCUAAACCCUCUAGCUCUAGCUUGAAAAUGUUGACUGCUAUGCAUGACGAUCUGCAGUAGCGUGUAUUUUGACUGUUUACUGAUCGAGAGAACACCAAGAGUUUAGGUGAAGUCAGUUUUAAAAUUGCUGAUGCCCUAUGGUUGCUAUUGGCUACACGGUCGUGAGCCAACUGGAUUCCACCAUAGAAAGGUGGAGGCAUGUGCUUCCUCGUCUGAUGGCUUCGGUCUCUCAUUGCUUCGUGUAACUAAGAAUGCUGAGACGACACCAGUCCCGCAUCUGGCGAAUUUAUGAACAAAACCUUCACUUUCAUUCAAUUUUUUAUAUCAUUUUUUCACUGAUUCAGUAAAUACAAUCGAUGCACGCUUGCCAA